AUGACUCCAGGACACCAGCAGCCUUUAAAGCUCCCAGACGAACUUGCCCAUAUUAUCGCAGCUUUUACGCCCUCUAAUCCUAGUGAUGAUCGUUCCAAAGCCUAUCUAGUUCUCUCCGCGUUUUGUCAAGGUGUCAGACAAUCUAAUUCAUCUCAGCAGUCCGACGGGAUCGAUCCAGCGACCAGGGCCCUGGUCAAGGUCUUCUCACCGUUCAUAUUACAACGUCUGGAAGAGACGAACGAGAACGAUGUGAUAGUUGGGGCCUCUUUUUUAACGGCACUUUUCCAGGUCGAUUGGCAGGCUGCCGCAUCCAUAUUUCAGCAGGAAACGGUGCUCGAAUUAAUUAUAGACAGCGUGGAAUUGAAACCAUCUAUUCAAUUGUCGGUCCAGGUCGCUCACCUUCUUGGCCAGGCCAGCGGUUACAAACCCAGUCGGCUUGCAUUUUCUCCAGAAGCUAUCACUUGGCUCGAACAUGCUCGCAACAGUAAAGAUUCCGCACUACGCGCCGCUGCUGCCAUUGCUGCCAUCAAAUUAGCCAAAGGGAGCGUAGCAGAUGCAUCCACCGACCCUUUGUCUCCCAACAACGAUUCGAAGUCCACCAAUGUUGACGGACUAGCUCAAGUCAUGAAAGAGUUGGUCAUUGGCAAUGACUCGGACACUUCUUCAUUGGCUGAUGCGGUAGAAGGUCUGGCAUACAUGUCAAUCGAUCCUACAGUCAAGGAGGAUAUAUCAAGAGACACUAUUCUCCUUAAACGACUCUUCUCCCUCGUUCCAAAGCGCAAAUCCGGUGGAGCUCCGGAUUCGUCCUCCACAAUAUUAUACGGAAUCCUGGUCAUCAUCACUAAUAUUUGCUCAUAUCGACCCCAACUCACUGAGGAGCAGAAGCAGAUGGAGAAACUCAGAAAAAUGGCGAAGAAUAGUGGUACAGAAACCGCUGAUGUCCUUGAGAAAGAUGACAAGGUUAAGGGGAGAGUCAAACGAGUGGUCGGUGCUGGUGCCAUGGAGGUUAUCGCUUUGGCGGCGAGCCAGACAGAUACUGUCGGCGUAAGAGUGUCGAUCGGAACAGCCCUCUUAGACAUUGUUACCGACAAGGAAAACCGAGGAAAGGUUCUCCAGCACGGUGGUGCAAAGAUUCUUAUGGGUCUCAUCAAAAAGGCCACAUCGCCCCACGCAACAAAGGGUAAUAAUACUCCCUUGGAUAUAGUUCAUCUCCAACCCAUCCACGCCUUGGCUAAGUUGGCAAUCACUGCCUCACCUGUCCAGGUCUUUGGACCAAAUGUUGGCGCCAUCUACGACGCAAUUCGACCUCUUUCAGUCAUGAUUCAGCACUCCUCUGCCACACAGUUGCAGAGAUUUGAGGGCCUCAUGGCUCUCACGAACCUCGCUAGUGCCAGCCCUGACACUGCCAGUCGCAUCGCGGGCUCAGAAGGUCUUUUGAACAAGGUGGAAAUGUUAUCAUUGGAUGAUCACCCGAUGAUUCAAAGAGCAGCGGUAGAACUUAUCUGCAAUCUCGUCGUCGGAUCCGAUCAGAUUUUCGAAAAGUACGCAACGUCCAAGACGAAGUUGCAGAUCUUUGUGGCCCUGUCAGACGCUGAGGAUAUCGGAACUCGACUCGCCUCGUCAGGGGCUCUGGCGACUUUGCUAUCCUCUCCGUCUGCCUGCAACGAGUUAUUAUCCUUGCAACUCGACCGUCAUCGGGUACUACCCGUUCUGACUCAGCUCAUCGAUCCAUCUGUCAUACCUGGGGAAGAAGCUGAGUCACACCCUGGCCUUGUACAUCGAGGUGUUGUAUGUGCUCGACAAUUUAUGCUCGGCAUCAGCGAGAAGGAAAAUCGAGAGCAGAUGUGUAAGGAGGCCAAGGAAGCAGGUCUGGUCGAUGCUCUUAGUAAUGUUGUUCAGGAUAAGAAAACAGAUCUGGAAGCUGUUGGUGUAGCAUUAGAGGUUUUGAAGUACCUGGGUAACUCUAGGCAUAAAUAA